AUGCAAAAUAAGAUGAAGAAUCUGUUCAUAUUACUCCUCUGCUGUCAUGCUGCGUCUCUAGUAAAACACUCCUUGAAGUAUUUCUCCACUGAAACCUCUGGAGCCCAGAGCAUCCCAGAGUUUGUGGCUGCUGCUCUUCUUGAUGAAGUUCAGAUAGGAAGCUGCAAUAGCAACAGAAGGGGACCAGAUCUUAAAACUGACUGGAUUAAAAAACUCUUUAAGGAUUAUCCGCGGCGGCUGGAGUGGUACACGUUUCAAUGUUUGGAUAGUCAUCAUUCAUUCAAGGGUCGCAUUGAUAGUUUAAGGCAACGUUUCAACCAAAGUGAAGGUGUUCAUAUUUUGCAGAGGAUGAGUGGCUGUGAAUGGGAUGAUGAGACUGGACAGAUUAAUGGGUUCAAUCAGUAUGGUUAUGAUGGAGAAGACUUUUUAGCAUUGGACCUGGAGACACUGACAUGGAUUGCUCCAAAACCACAGGCAGUCGUCACCAAACUGAGAUGGGAUGCUGAAGAACCCCGAUUAGAAUAUAACAAAAACUUUUUAAUCUAUGAAUGCCAUGAGUUGUUGAAGAAGUAUGUGCAGUAUGGCAGAAGCUUUUUGCAGACAACAGCUCUUCCUUCAGUGUCUGUCCUCCAGAGGACUCCCUCCUCUCCAGUCAGCUGCCACGCUACAGGUUUCUACCCUGACAGAGCCAAGAUGUUUUGGAGGAAAGAUGGAGAGAAGCUUUGUGAAGGUGUGGAUCCUGGAGAGAUCUUACCCAAUAAUGAUGGGACCUUCCAGAUGAGCGUUGAUCUGGAACUUUCAUCAGUCCCACAUGAAGACUGGCAGAGGUACGACUGUGUGUUUCAUCUCUCUGGUGUGAACGAAGAUAUCAUCACAAAACUGGACAAAGCAGUGAUCAAGACAAACAUGGUAAAGCCCACUGACACGGUGAUCUUCAUCAGUGCUGCAGUGGUUUUCCUAGCUUUCAUCCUCAUCACAGCUGUGGCAUUUGCAGCUUGCAAAAAGAAGAAAGCUUCUGACGAUGGGUUUGAGCAGUCUGAGAAGCUAAAUCCACAAACGUGA